CGGGGAGAGAAAGUCCAACCUCUGGGGCGGCGGCUGGCGGGUGACCUCGGGCCGGGGCUGAGCGGACGCGGCAGAGCGCUCCUGGCCGCGGCGCAGGCAGACGCAGGUUGUUCCUGAACGUCUGCAGGUCGUGGAUGGGCGCUGGCUUUCCCACCCGUGCGCAGGCGGAGAUGCAGCUGAUCCUGCUUGUGCCCCUUCUGCUGGCCUUGCAGCCCGGGUCCUCGGCUCCCGAGGCAAGGCAGCAGAGUGACACCUGGGGCCCCUGGGGUGACUGGAGCUCCUGCAGCCGGACCUGCGGAGGGGGCAUCAGCUUCCGGGAGCGGACCUGCUACUCGCAGAGGAGGGAUGGAGGCACCAGCUGCGUGGGCCCCGCACGGAGCUACCGCACUUGCCGCACCGAGAGCUGCCCCGAUGGCGCGCGGGACUUCAGGGCAGAGCAGUGCGCGGAGCUGGACGGCGCCUCGUUCCACGGCCGGCAGUACCGGUGGCUGCCCUACUACGGCGCCCCAAACAAGUGUGAGCUGAACUGCAUCCCCAAGGGGGAGAACUUCUAUUACAAGCACCGGGAAGCUGUGCUGGACGGGACACCCUGUGAGCCUGGUGGACGGGAUGUCUGUGUGGAUGGCCGCUGCCGGGUCGUCGGCUGUGACCACGAGCUAGACUCUCCCAAACAGGAAGACAAGUGUCUGCAGUGCGGGGGAGAUGGCACAAGCUGCUACCCUGUCACAGGCACCUUCGAUGCCAAUGACCUCAGUAGAGGCUACAACCAGAUUUUCAUCAUUCCCCCGGGGGCCACCAGCAUUCACAUCGAGGAGGCUGCUGCCAGCAGGAACUUCCUGGCUGUGCGGAGCGUCCGUGGGGAGUACUACCUCAAUGGGCACUGGACCAUCGCGGAGGCCAAGGCCCUGCCAGUGGCCAACACCAUCCUGCACUACGAAAGGGGUGCUGAGGGUGACCUGGCCCCUGAGAGGCUCCAGGCCCGGGGCCCCACCUCGGAGCCCCUGAUUAUUGAGCUCAUCAGCCAGGAGGCCAACCCCGGUGUGCACUACGAGUACUACCUGCCCCUGCACGGCCCGAGGUCCAGCCAGGGCUUCAGCUGGAGCCACACAUCGUGGGGUGACUGCAGUGUGGAGUGUGGCGGAGGACACCAAUCCCGCCUGGUGUUCUGCACCAGUGACAGCGAGGCCUAUCCCUCCCACAUGUGCCAGCGCCAGCCUCGGCCAGCUGACAGCCGCCCCUGCAACCCCCACCCUUGCCCACAAACCAAGCGGACCUCUUACCUGUACCAGCCCGGAGCGUGGCGCCAUGCUGGGGCCCAGCAUGUGUGUGGGAACAGCUGGAAGGUAGGGCCAUGGACGCCCUGCUCAGCCUCCUGCGGGGGCGGCUCCCAGUCCCGCUCUGUCUACUGUGUCUCGUCUGAUGGCUCUGGAGGACAGGAGGCUGCUGAGGAGGCUGAGUGUGCUGGCCUGCCCAGGAAGCCCCCUUCCACACAGGCUUGCAACCUGCAUCGCUGUGCAGCCUGGAGCGCCGGGCCUUGGGGAGAGUGUUCUGUCACCUGUGGUGCUGGCAUCCGGAGGCGGAGUGUGACUUGCCAGGGUGACGAAGGGUCUAUGCUCCCUGCCUCGGCAUGUUCCUUGGAAGACCGGCCACCCUUCAUGGAGACCUGUGUGCAAGCAGCCUGUCCCCUCCACAGUGACCAGGCCUGGCGUGUCAGCGCCUGGGGUUUAUGCUCCAAGAGCUGCAGCUCGGGCACUCGGAGGAGACAGGUUGUCUGUGCCAUUGGGCCGCCCAGCCACUGUAAGAACCUGCAGCAGUCGAAGCCCAGGGAUGUGGAGCUCUGUAACACGCAGCCCUGCCACCUGCCUCAGGAGGUCCCCAGUGUGCAGGACCCCGAUGUCCACCCCAGGCGCCCCUGGAUGCCUUCAGACCCUCGGGAGGCCCUCGCCUCAGACUCCAGAGACCAGCGACCUUGGGUUCCGAAUAGACCCGGGAGGUUCCACAAUUCCCCACCUUCAACUCGAGGACCAAACCCAUCUCUGAGGCAGCCCCCCAGGUCUGGCUCAGGAGCCCAAGACUGCAGACACAGCCCCUAUGGGUGCUGUCCUGAUGGCCGCAUGGCAUCUCCUGGGCCGCAGGGCCAAGGCUGUCCCAGGACUGAGGCCUGGUGUCAGCAGAGCAGGUACGGGUGCUGCCCUGACGGGGUGUCUGCAGCCAAGGGGCCCCAGCAGGCUGGCUGCACCAGGCCUUAUGGCAGUGGCGAUGCUGGAAGGAGGCCAGGGUCCAAGGUGGUGCCUUCCGCUGCCCCUAAAGCCCACAGGCCCCAGCCCCAGCAGAAUGAGCCUGCUGAGUGUCGGGGCUCCCAAUUUGGCUGUUGCUAUGACAAUGUGGCUUCUGCUGCAGGCCCCCUUGGAGAAGGAUGUGCAGGCCAACCCAGCUCUGCCUACCCGGUGCGGUGCCUGCUGCCCAGUGCCCACGGCUCCUGCACAGACUGGGCCCCCCGCUGGUACUUCAUCGCCUCCGUGGGCCGGUGUAACCGCUUCUGGUAUGGCGGCUGCCACGGCAAUGCCAAUAACUUCGCCUCAGAACAGGAGUGCAUGAGCAGCUGCCAGGGUGCCCAGCGUGGGCCGCACCACCCCGAGCCUGGGGCCACCGGCCUGGACACUCACACAGAUGGCUGCAGCAGUGGUCCCAGAGGCCGGCAGGAGAGCAACAGGCAUAGGACGGAGGAUGCAGGCCCUAGACUGACCUCAUCUUCUGGUGGCCUCUGGCGAAGAGAGCAGGAGCCUGUGCCAGGGGAGGCCCACCCGACCCGGGCCUUUGGAGAAAGGCCCAGGGGCCAGGAGGCUGGGCCCAGGACUCCAGGACUGGGCAGAGAUGCCAGAUGGCCAAUGCCACCUUCACCCAGCUCUUCUUACAGGAUCAGUUUGGCAGGCUCGGAGCCCGUGCUGGUGCAGGGAGCCCUGGGGCAGUCAAUGCAGCUCUUCUGCUCCAAGGACGCCUCCCUGGACCCCCAGGUUGAGUGGCACAAAGAUGGCCAGCCCAUCUCCUCUGACAGGCACCAGCUGCAGCCUGACGGCUCCCUGGUCAUCAGCCCUCUUUGGGCAGAGGAUGCUGGCAUCUAUAGCUGUGGUGGCAACAGACUGGGCCAUGACUCUCAGAAGAUCCAGCUUCGUGUCGCAGGGAGUGACUUCUCGGAACCAUCUGAAGCUGAGCCAAGGCACUUCCCGUGGACCAGGGACCCAGCCCAGGGCCAUGGUCCUCGGGACUCCACCCUAGGGGGAGAUGCAGGUGGCCCUGGGGCUGUCCCCUCUCCACAGCCACAACCUGCAACCAGGCUGCGUCUGGACCGGACCCAGCCUGGGGUAGUGGAUGCCAGUCCGGGCCAGCGGAUCCGGCUGCCCUGCCGCGCUGAUGGUUUCCCACCCCCAGUCAUCGAGUGGCAGAGAGAUGGGCAGCCCCUCUCCUCCCCCAGACACCAGACGCAGCCAGAUGGCUCUCUGGUCAUCAGUCGAGUGGGUGUAGAAGAUGGUGGCUUCUAUGCCUGUGUUGCUUUCAAUGGGCAGCACCGAGACCAGCGCUGGGUCCAGCUCAGAGUUCUGGGAGAGCUGACAAUCACAGGGUUGCCACCUACUGUCACAGUGCCAGAGGGCGACACAGCAAGGCUGCCUUGUGUGGUGGGAGAUGAAAGCGUGAACAUCAGAUGGUCCAGGAAUGGGCUGCCAGUGCAGGCCGAUGGCCGCCGUGUGUACCAGUCCCCGGAUGGCACACUGCUGAUCCACAACCUACAGGCCCGAGACGAGGGCUCCUAUACGUGCAGCGCUUACCGCGGGAGCCAGGCGGUCAGCCGCAGCACUGAGGUGAAGGUGGCCACGCCAGCGGCGGUGGCCCAGCCCAGGGAGCCCAGCGGAGAGUGCAUCGAUCAGCCGGAGCUGGCCAACUGUGGCUUGAUCCUGCAGGCCCAGCUCUGUGGCAAUGAGUAUUACGCCAGCUUCUGCUGUGCCAGCUGUUCCCGUUUCCAGCCGCACCCUCAGCCCGCCCAGCAGCAGGGAUGAAGGCUGGCUCUGACGCCGUUCUGAAGAAUUGAGAAGGAAAACUCGGUCUCCUCUCCCUGGCUGGCAAGGGAAUCAUCUGGAGACACUGCCCUCGAGAAAGUCACCCAGUGUCUUGCCCCCAGCAGCCACCAGGACUAGCCUAACUCUGCAAUCCCCAGCGGAGUCUGCACAGCUGCUGCUGAGUUGUCAAGAGCGGGCUGGUUGGAGGGUAGCCUUUCCCCUGCACUGUCUCUUUACAAGGAUCCCUUAUCUGAAAUGUGUGGGACUGGAAGUGUUUCUGAGUUUGGAAUAUUUGCCGACUAGGAUUGAGCAUCCCUAAUCCCCCAAAUCCUGAAACACUUCUGUGUCAUGUGGGUGCACAAAAUAUUUUGACUUUGGAAUAUUUUGGGUUUCAUGUUAGGAAUCCAAAGGAUCAGGUUUUUUGUUUUUCUCUUUUUCAAACAGGGUCUUGUUAUGUAGUUCAGGCUGACCUUGAACUCACAAUGCCUCUCCUGCCUCAGUCUCCUGGGUGCUGGGAUUAUAGGUACGCGCCACUGCCCAGCUAGUUCACUGAAUUUUAAAGCAAGGUGCUGGACCUGACUUACGGCUCGGUGGAGAGGUGGGCAACAGUUGUCUUUUAAGGGGAAUGCCAACUCCUACUGUGUCAGCGAAGUAUCCUGUGUUAGAGCCAAGCCCCAUCUGGGGUCUGGUCCACCGCUCACAUCGCACCUUCCUGGGUAGGAAAUCUCAUCGCCGAGAGGGCUGGCAGCAUCAAGCUCGGAAAGCUCUGACCAAGGCAGAAUGUAGCCUCACAGGGUGUUGGGAUGAAAGAGCCCAAGUUAGCAUUGUCAUCUCAGCAGGGAAGGCCUGGAAAAGCUGCUUCCUUCACUGGGAAGCUGCACCUGAAGCCCUUCUGAGGCCAGCAUGGACAGAUGGCUGUGACAGUCUGUGACUCCUUUACACAGCUGGCUGGCCUGGUCUCUGUGGAAGCAGAAUGUUUGUUGCCAGAGAGAAAUCAGACUACUGUUACGAACAGCAUUAGUGGAAUGGGAACCGGGGUGGGGGGAUGUGGGUGUGUGUGGGGAGUGUAACAGUGAAGUGGUUUCAGAAAUGGUGUAAGUGGCAGGAAGUAAUGGUGUAAGUUGCAGAACUUCUGACUCCUCAAUGCUGAAAUAGGCCUGAGUUCAAUUAGCUGCUCAGUUCCCUUUCACUUCAGCUUCUCCCAGCGGCCUGUCUAGUACCGAAGGUGAUUCUUGCAUGUAGGCAAGAUGGUCAUUCCAGUGACUGAAGAGCUGAAAGGCAACUUUCUUUAGGUACUAAUUGGAUGGAAAAGAAAUGGUGUCACGAGGAGGCUACUGCUCAGGCGGCCUCUCAGUCAGGGUAGAGAUCUUCAUUUCCCAUCAAAACACUGAGAAGCAAUUCUGUUCAUUCAUCAGGCCUGCUUUGUUUAUAGAAAAUGGAAAGCACUGCUUUUUGGGACUUCCCGGCUUGAUGAAAUGGGCAUGUGCUUCUGAAGGUACAGCCAAGACCAGCUCUUUACAGUUAGCCCUUCUUAGAACUAGUCACAGAAUAGUAAGUCCAGAGGUGACGGUUAGUCACCCCAGACCAGCAAUUCUCAACCCUCUUCUAUACUGGAAACUAGUCCCCACGUCCCUCAAACCCACUAAUAGUCUGACUUAACUGGUCUCAAGUACAGGGUGGGCAUUAGUUUUUUGCUUUUUUUCUCUUGGGGUGUGUGUAGGGGGCUUAGUCUAUCACUGAGCUACACUCCCAGUCCCAGGGAUUAGGACUUUAAAGUGCAAGUGAUUCUAAUACGCAGCCAAGUGGAGGGGGACAGUGCCAGCCCUGGGGCAGGGUAAGAUGUCACCUUUGCAUCCAGUUCCUAGCUGAGGUCCAAUGCUAUUCCAGGCUACACCUCAUCCUGCAUACGUUGCUAUAGAUGAAAACAUUGUACGGCUAUAAUUGUCCCCAAGAUUUUCUAGCCACUAAAUGAGCAGUUUAUCAUAGCAGCAGAGACAGAAUAAGACUUUAAACUCAGAGGAAAGAAUAGCCCUUCAUGGACGAAAGUGUCUACCAUGAACAUUUAUUUUUGUUAAAGCAGAUUAUAAAUUCUCAUCAGUACAAAUAUAUAUAUAACUUACAUUUGAUUGUAAGGCCAACGUUCAAAAGUAAAAAUGAGAUGGGAUUUCAUGUUACCCGAGGUCAAGUGGCUGCAACUGGCAAUGGGGUGGUCUCACCAAGGGGGUGGUGGGUUGGGGCACACAAAGCUAAUAAACCAGGUCCUCCUCCCCACAGAUCAUAGGAACAAAACUUAAAGGACAAGAGCCAAUUUACCAACACAGGAAACUGUUCCCUGCUGUGGAGAUGUUACUGUCAUCUUAGUGUUAAAGGAUUAAAAGGAAAUUCCACUGAUAUAUAAAAUAGUCUCUACAGAGCACAGGUUGAUGUAAUUAAAAUGACAUUAGAAUUUCAUCAAAGGUUUAAAACCAGGACAAUACUGCUUUCAUUUAAUUUAAAACUACAACCUAGUGCCUGUUGGUCCUAAGCAUGAUUGUUGUUGCAAUGUGCUACUUACAAUGACAGCAAACAAGCUAGGGACUGCCUGCAAUGUCCACCCCUUUUUACUUCAGUAGGCAUCAAUGAUCAAUCUUAUGUACAAUUUCUUACAAAUAACCCUUUUUUGGCAAGAUUACUUACAACUUUUUAAUAUUGAGAACUAUUUAAAAUAUUCUAAAUGCAUAAAAAUAAAGAUUUUGGCUUUUGAUAUAUA